AUGGGGAGCACCAGCCGAGGAUCCAAGGUGCAGGCAGUGUCUGCCGGAGAUGCCAGAGCACAUCAUCGAAGAAAAGAUCCGGUGCAUUGUGCAAGCUGCGUGCCAGCGCAGAGAGCAGGCCCACCAUCCAGCGUACAGCCAAGCUCCUGCAAUAAAACAAGCUACGACCACUCGUGGAUGGCGCAGGUGAGACUGAUCACCGCUUUCCACUUCGGUGGAAGCACCCACAUAGUCAUGGACUAUGUGGGUCAGCCUUUGACGUCGGCGGGAGAACUGCCCAGUGUGUCCCUGGUGACACUUCAAUGCUCCCGGGGUCUGGGCCAUCUCCACCACCAUGGAUUCGUCCACCGUGACGUUAAACCGGACAACCUCGCCAUCAACGAGGAUGGCUUUGUGAGGCUCCUGGACUUCGGCCAGGCAGCCCUUUUUGGUCACGGCCUGCGUGAGUACAUGGGCACCAGGGGCUUCCAAUCACCAGAACCUUGGUUUCUGCUUGUUCGCGUUUGUUUACGUUUGUUCGCUUGCUUGCUUGUUUGCUUGGUUGUUUGA